AUGGGCAGGCUCAUUAAGAACCACUGGGGGCGGUUAAUAAUACUCACCGCGGCAGCUUAUCAAGUUGCCAGUGCAAUCGAAGGCUUCAUUUGGCCCAAGGUAUUCUGGGAUUUCGUCUCGAAGAAUCUCGAUGCGGCAGUCGCACCAGUCCCCGUACUCCAAAUCUUAAAUCUCAUUAUGGGCCUCGUUGGCAUUGCCUGGGAAUGGCCUCUCAAACCCCUCGCUGGAUCAAUACCACACCGCAGCAUUGAAAUCCGUCUCAUCAUAUACCCACUCAGCGCUCUGUUAGCCGCUUUACUCUACCAAGGCACCGAUCCAGCUAUAUAUUAUCUUAUUGGAAUUGGUGUUUAUUUCUGGGCCUAUAGUGAAGGCGAGGUCGUCUGUCCGGAACCUUGGACCUUGCCGAAGCGCCCUGGAUUGCUUAAAGCAUAA